ACACGAAGACGAACAGCAAAACUAUCUCCCCUCUUUCUCCGUCUCCUCCUUCUUCUCCGUUCCUUUCAAUCUGAGGUUGAAAUCGGAUCUUGUUCUUGAUCCGAUAAGCCGGCGCGGUACCUGGAUUCGAUCCGAUAAGCGUUGAGCCGGCCGUGAAGAUGCUGAACCGGAUGACGAAUGCUCGACCGGACCGGGAGUUCUAGAACCGAACCGGAUCGAAUCCGAUCGCCGUCGCCGUUGCUUCCAUGGAGGUCGACACCUCGAUGUCCCCCGACGCCGAGCACGAUCCGGUCGCCGCCAACCACCAUGACUCCUCCUCGUCCUCCCCGGCUUCUCCUUCAUCUGUGGAACCCUCGGCGCCGGCUGCUGCUGCUGCUGCUGCGCAGGCUGCUGUCGCUGGGCCUAGACCAGCGCCGACGUAUACCGUCGUGAACGCUAUCAUUGAGAAGAAGGAGGAUGGCCCUGGGUCGAGGUGCGGGCAUACGCUCACUGCUGUGGCUGCUGUUGGGGAGGAGGGCAGCCCCGGGUACAUCGGACCUCGGCUUAUUCUUUUUGGAGGUGCCACGGCGCUCGAGGGCAAUUCCGCUGCUCCUCCCUCAUCGGCUGGCAGCGCUGGCAUCCGUCUUGCAGGUGCAACUGCGGAUGUCCAUUGUUAUGAUGUUUUGUCGAAUAAAUGGUCAAGGCUUAUUCCACUGGGUGAACCUCCAUCACCAAGGGCAGCACAUGUUGCAACAGCAGUAGGCACUAUGGUUGUUAUUCAGGGUGGAAUUGGACCUGCUGGCCUAUCUGCAGAGGAUCUUCAUGUUCUGGACUUAACACAACAACGACCCCGGUGGCAUAGAGUAGUCGUCCAGGGUCCUGGCCCUGGCCCUCGUUAUGGACAUGUGAUGGCUUUGGUGGGGCAAAGGUUUCUAUUGGCCAUUGGUGGAAAUGAUGGUAAGAGACCUUUGGCUGAUGUUUGGGCCCUAGACACUGCUGCCAAGCCUUAUGAGUGGAGAAAGUUGGAACCAGAAGGUGAAGGCCCUCCUCCGUGCAUGUAUGCAACUGCAAGUGCGCGAUCCGAUGGUCUUCUUUUGCUUUGUGGAGGGAGAGAUGCGAACAGUGUGCCCCUGGCAAGUGCGUAUGGUCUUGCAAAGCAUAGGGAUGGUCGUUGGGAAUGGGCUAUUGCACCUGGCGUUUCUCCGUCCCCUAGAUACCAACAUGCAGCUGUUUUUGUAAAUGCCCGACUUCAUGUAUCCGGUGGUGCUCUUGGUGGUGGACGUAUGGUGGAAGAUUCGUCGAGUAUUGCAGUGCUGGAUACUGCUGCUGGAGUAUGGUGUGAUACAAAAUCUGUGGUCACAAGUCCCAGGACAGGGAGAUAUAGUGCAGAUGCUGCUGGUGGAGAUGCUUCUGUUGAGCUAACACGACGUUGCAGGCAUGCAGCUGCCGCAGUUGGUGACCUGAUUUUUAUAUAUGGUGGAUUACGUGGUGGGGUUCUGCUUGAUGACCUGCUUGUUGCUGAAGAUCUUGCUGCUGCUGAAACAACAAAUGCCGCUUCCCAUGCAGCUGCAGCUACUGCAAUAUCAAGUGUACAAGUAGGUAGAACUGGAAGAUAUGGAUUUGGAGAUGAAGGAACAAGGCAAAACAUUCCAGAAUCAGUACCUGAGGGUGCUGUCGUGCUGGGAACUCCAGUUGCUCCUCCUGCCAAUGGAGAUAUGCAUACUGAUAUAAGCACGGAAAACGCAAUGCUACAAGGACCAAGGAGACUGAGUAAAGGUGUAGAUUACUUAGUUGAAGCUUCUGCUGCUGAGGCUGAAGCUAUUAGUGCUACUCUAGCUGCUGCCAAGGCACGCCAAAUUAAUGGAGAAGCUGAUCAAUUGCCUGAAAGGGAUCGUGGUGCAGAGGCCACACCGAGCGGAAAACAAAUCUCACCUCUUAUCAAAGGCCCAGAAUCUUCUCUACCAAAUAAUGUCACACAACUUGGGGUUCGACUGCAUCAUAGAGCGGUGGUUGUAGCUGCAGAGACUGGUGGUGCUUUGGGUGGCAUGGUCCGGCAGCUGUCCAUUGAUCAAUUUGAGAAUGAAGGCAGGAGGGUGAGCUAUGGUACUCCUGAGAGUGCAACUGCAGCUAGAAAGUUAUUGGAUCGUCAAAUGUCUAUCAGUAGUGUGCCCAAAAAGGUUAUUGCACAACUUUUGAAACCCCGUGGUUGGAAACCACCUGUACGGAGGCAAUUUUUCUUAGACUGCAAUGAAAUCGCAGAUCUCUGUGAUAGUGCUGAAAGAAUAUUUUCAAGUGAACCUAGCGUUCUGCAAAUUAAAGCUCCUGUCAAGAUUUUUGGUGAUUUGCACGGUCAAUUUGGGGAUCUCAUGCGCUUAUUUGAUGAAUAUGGUGCUCCUUCAACAGCAGGAGACAUAGCUUAUAUCGAUUAUCUCUUCCUAGGAGACUAUGUUGACCGUGGCCAACAUAGUUUGGAAACUAUUACUCUUCUUCUUGCAUUGAAGGUUGAGCAUCCACAUAAUGUACAUUUAAUUCGUGGGAACCAUGAAGCAGCAGACAUAAAUGCCUUAUUUGGCUUCCGGAUAGAGUGCAUUGAAAGAAUGGGUGAGCGGGAUGGAAUCUGGGCCUGGCACCGGAUAAAUCGGUUAUUUAAUUGGCUUCCAUUGGCAGCAUUAAUUGAAAAGAAAAUUAUCUGUAUGCAUGGUGGCAUUGGUCGGUCUAUCAAUCAUGUUGAACAGAUUGAAAACCUUCAGCGCCCCAUUACAAUGGAAGCAGGUUCAGUUGUUCUCAUGGAUCUACUAUGGUCUGAUCCAACAGAGAAUGAUAGCGUUGAGGGGUUGAGACCAAAUGCCAGAGGCCCUGGACUUGUUACCUUUGGGCCGGAUCGUGUCAUGGAGUUUUGCAACAACAAUGACCUUCAAUUGAUUGUACGAGCACACGAGUGUGUGAUGGAUGGUUUUGAGCGUUUUGCACAAGGACACCUAAUUACUCUUUUCUCUGCUACUAAUUAUUGUGGUACUGCAAACAAUGCUGGGGCAAUAUUAGUUUUGGGGAGAGACCUUGUUGUUGUUCCAAAACUCAUUCAUCCUCUGCCACCUGCUAUUAGUUCACCAGAAACAUCACCAGAUCAUAUUGAGGACACAUGGAUGCAGGAGCUUAAUGCAAAUAGACCGCCAACACCAACUAGAGGCCGCCCUCAAGCAGCAAAUGAUAGAGGUUCCCUUGCCUGGAUAUAGAAAGCUUGUUACAUGUCAAUAGUUCUUCUCUUUACGGCACCUACUGGCAGGUUCUGGCUACACUUUUUUGUCUGAAAACUGAGCAUGUUGUAUAAAUACGAUCAAAGAUCCUGCCAUGAUCCAGGUGUCUGACAAGCAUCACAAAUCAGCAGAACAACUUUGACAUGCAUCUCUCCUCAUCCAAAUCAAAAAGCUCUUGAGGAUAAAAUGGUUGAAAGAGAUGUAACUUUGUCCAUGAUCUCACAGUUUUUAUCAGGUGGAUAACAUCAUUAUCAGAUACAUUUGGCCUGGGAAUCACAUUCACAGUUCCUGGGAAGUUCAUUCGCCUGUGUAUAGUCAAGCCGCUAGAAGACAGGUGUGUGCAUGAUCUUGAUCUUGUGUGUUAACCAUUGGAGUGUCAUCGUCGUGGCAUAGGGGUAUUGUAGAAAUUCAUUCCUUAUCAUGCUUUAAAAAUGUUUAUCUUGUAAGGACUAUUAUUGCACAUAAUGGUUGGGUGAAAUUGUUAUGGUUAAAAGAGCUUGAAGUAUCAUGUACCAUAGGUAUAUUCCCCCCUCCUGGCAGCACAUUUUCUCUGUAAUUUUUUGUUUUUAUGGUGCUGUUGAUGUACAAUAUAAUAUUUGAGUGGACAAAAGAGAUUAUGGUUUUAUGUUUC